AUGACGGACAGAAUGUCGACACCAACACUCAUCAACCUUCCCCCUCCCCCGUCGGAUCCUGUUACUCCCUCUGACAUGGGCCCAGGAACACCAAACUCCGGCACAACAUCCCUCUCCGCACUAUCAACCACAGCCAUCAAAGACGGCCAUCAAGGCCAUCCGCAUCCCUACGGCCGGCACGCACACCAAUCAUCCUCUGCAUCCGCAACAUCAACCUCAACUCUUGAAGCCGAGCGCGCCGAUCGAAUUUCACGUCUAGCUGGACUAGAACGUAUCGCGACUGCGCGUGCCGGUGGAGGAUCACAAAACGUUAUGUCUGGAAUGGGCUCAUUGACACCAACUGCUGUUUCGGGUGGCUAUUUCACUCAACAACAACAAGCGUAUACCCCCAACACCAUUGCCAGCAAUAAUAAUAAUAAUAACAGCAGUAAUAACCAACAAGGAUACUUCGAUAGUUACCCGCAGCACCUCCUCAAAGAACGAAGCACAGUCGGCAGCGCGAGUGCGACAGGCAGUAUCGGCGGACGCACAACCUGGGCUAGUGGAAGCGAUGCAUUUGAUCCUGAUAAAAUGAGUGAGGAUCGUUCCAGUAUUGGCGAUGACGACGACGUCGACGUCGACGUCGAUGAUAGAAUGAGCGAUGAAGGGAAUGCAAGUCUGGUUGGGUUUGGGGAGGGUGCGAAUAGUACGAUUAGUGGUCCGAUAUCUACUGUUAGUGCGGGACGACUACAAUCGUCGUCGUCAUCGUCGAAUCCUCGAACGUCGGUUUUUGGGAGUCCUACGGCUGGGAAUAGGGGAGUUAAUAGUAAUGUGUUUGCACAGCAACAGCAACGACAACAACAGAAUUUGUCACCGUCGCCGGCGGGGUCGAAUACGCCUGAACCAUUUGAUGAUGCGCGUAUGGUGGAUGGGAUGACCUAUGAUGCUGAUGUUGUUGAUACAACUGUUCGUACGCCGCAGCUUGUGGGUGGUUUGAAUGAUUGUGAUGAGCAGGACUCUGAACGAUAAGCCUUCUUUAUCUGGUGUUUGAUUAUCUGUUUUGUACGUUGUUGUGCCAUGUUUGAAUAGUUAUGACUCUGUCUGGGAAAUUAUGUGGCGUUAUGGGAUGAGCGAGUGGCGAGGUUUUCUGAAUUUGCCUUGGUAUUAAUCAAUUUCUCUAUACAUGAAAUAUAAAUGAAGCUGAAUAUAG